UAUUAAACGUAAAUAAAUGAUCUAGGAGUUUAAGAUAAAUAAUCGAAUGAUAAAGAGUGUUUGAAAAUCUUGGAGUAAUGAGUCUAGAUAGUAUGAGAGUUGGAGGAGGACGUUGUUCUCCCUUUCUCACUGGAGUUUAUGUUAUGGCCUUGAUAAUGUUGGCUUAUCAUUAUUGGAGUUUAUUUUCGUAUAACUCUGAACUUCUCAGACAAGUAGAUGAAUUAAAUGAACAAAUAAAGAUAAGUGUGGAGGAGAGAGAUCAGUGUGUAACUCAACGUGGAAAUUUCGAAGAACAAGUUAAAGGCUGUCAGGAUGAUGUAAGAACAGCUCGUGUACAAUUAUUACAAGUUGAUGAAAAUAUAUCUUCCUGUACAAAAGAAUUAAAAUAUUAUAAACAAGUAGAUGCUACUAAAACAGCUACUAUAGAAUCAUUAAAAAUGGAUAGAAAAGCUAUAUCGGACCAAUUAGAAAGUAAGCAAGAAGCAAACAAAAUACUUGAAGAAAAAUUAAAUAAGACAAAAGAUGAAUUACAAAAGAUAAAACUUUCAAUAAGUGAUCAGAAACUACAGGGACCAGUAUCUGUUUUUCAAAUUAUUGAAAAACCACAGCCAAUUAAUAAGACAAACGUAAAUUCAGUACUGAAUGCCCAAGUAAAUGCUCCGGUAAAUGUAAUAAAUGUUCAAGGACAAAAUAUUCCAGAAAAAGAUAAUAGCAAUAUAAGAGAUGACAAUGCAGCAGAAGUUAACGAUGGAAAUAAUGCUUUAGAAUCAGAUUUGAAUUUUAAUUUCAUAUCUGAUGGGAAAUUCCAUGAAACCAAAAAAUAAUAAAUUAUUGUAGCAUAAUUACAAAAGAUAAUUUUUCAAUAUUUAAGUUACAAA